AUGUCUUCCACUGGUGAACUUGCUUGUACGUACGCUUGUUUGAUCCUUCAUGAUGAUGGAAUUCCUAUCAAUGUGACGCAAUCUUUUCCUUUCUCUCACAAGCAAAACAUACUGUACAUUAGAGCCGAGAAAAUUGGCUCUCUCAUAAAAGCAGCAAAUUUGAAGGUGGAAUCAUACUGGCCGAGCCUUUUUGCAAAACUUUGUCAGAAGAUGAACGUGGAUGAACUUGUCAUGAACGUCGGCGUCGGCGGAACCGCGUCUUCUACUGCCGCUGUUACCGCUGCUCCCGCUCCUACUACCGGUAACGACGCCACCGCUGCACCUUCCGCCAAUGACAAGAAGAAGGAAGACGUAAAAGAAGAGAGUGAUGAUGAGCUGAUGUUUAGCUUGUUUGAUUAG